AAAAAAUCGAAAACCUUUUGUAAAAGCGACCAAAGUGUAGUACGCGCCUUUUUCUUUGUAAAUUUAUUUCAAAAUUAAUAUUUUGAUUUCUUUAUAAUUGAUUAUAAUUAUAUUUUUCAUAAAAGAUGUUGUUAAACAAGAUUUUCACCAGUACCUGUAAACAAACUCGAUUAAUUAAUGCUGUUGCUGUCCGAGCAAUGAACAAUGAUUCCAGUAAAAUUGAAAAAACAAUAAAUCAAGUUACCCUUCUUGGAAGAGUAGGUGCUGAACCUCAGAAGCGUGGCAAUGAAGAGCAUCCAGUAGUGGUAUUUUCCCUUGCAACUCACAUCAACUACAGAUAUGAUGGUGGGGAUCUGAUGCAGAAAACCGACUGGCACAGGAUAUGUGUGUUCAAACCAACAUUGCGAGAGACUGUUUAUAAUUAUUUAAGAAAAGGUCAGCGUGUUUUGAUCAAUGGUAGAUUAAGUUAUGGAGAAAUCAGAGAUGAAGAAGGAAAUGCAAAAACUACAACAUCAGUUAUAGCAGAUGAUAUUGUAUUUUUCCAGUAGUUGUGUAAAU